CAUGUCAGCUCCGUGAAGAAGCUUUUUACUACAGCUAUGGUGCUGUUUCGUGUAAUCCUAGGCGCAUGCCUUUGCAUGGCCUCGUUUGCCUUUGAGAUGCAUUCCAGAAAUGGGGAAAUUGUCUCCGGAACUUUUAGGCUGCUUGAACGCAACGUUAAAAAUCAAACGGUGCUUGUCACAAUGAAAGGACCCAAUACAAAUUCCAGUGAUUUGCUUGUCAGUUUAGAACGAGGUAAUCUGAUUUCAGAAAAGCUUUUACGGGAGUUUUACGAAUUGCAGUCUCAUUCCGAUGAUCUACUUUUUGAAAAUUUGGUAGACGAAUUGGAAGACGUCCAGCUGCUUAAACCUGGAGAAAUCAUAAACUACAGCUUGAGUGAGGUUGGGUUGUAUGCUGUGCAUGCUUUACGUGCCAAUAAACACGACACCAGAGAUUUUGUCAUUAAAGUCGAACCUAGCAACUCGGAAAAAAUCAUUCCCAAGAAAAAAUCGGCCAGCUUUGGAAGCAAUUCAAAAUGCAUCCUGAUAGCUGUCUUCUACAUAGCUCUCAUUCUGGUGUCUGAGAAGGAAAAAGCAAUUCUUCAGCCUGCCCACUUUUUAUCGUUGGCUUGCUGUUGCAGUGAUUACUUUGCCGUUGUGUUCCACACAUUUAUAUAUCAUAUGGGAGAAAUGAUACACGACGAGGCUUCUGGUGCCAACUUUAAAUUUCUAGUUGCUAAACUGCUUGCCAGUUUUUUCCGGUGGACAUUUUUGAUUUCCUUUGCAUCUCAAAGUGGAAUUAGUAAAAAGAACCAAAUUACGCUGUGGUCAACUGCGCUACUGGCCAGCACUUUCUUUUGCGUGACAUCUGGAGCUUCUCUUUUGAUACCUAAAAGCAUUUAUUCGGUAAAUACCCUAACACCGUUGACUAAGGAUAUCUUAUUUACAGUGAAGGAUCUUUGCAUGAAAGCCCUCUCCAUUUUCACUGCAUUGUUUCUAUACGAGCACUACAUCGUACAUAAGGAUCGCUUAAAUUCAGUCAAGGCGAAAGCAUACUUUCGGAUUUUCCUCCUCUUCGUGCUCUCAAACGCCUUACAGGGUAUUUUUAAUUUCUUUUCACCUAUUUUCGACUAUGAUAGAGACCAGUGGGGCUACUUGGUCCAAUUACCCACCGAUACACUAAACCUAGUGACAUUCUUCAAAAUGCAACGUGGUUUCUUCCAGCGUUUACGGGAUGGAAUUGAUGAUGAUCUACCUACAGAGACACGUUUCUUGGAUAUGAAGGACAAGGUAUAGCGUUUGCAACGUUUGAGUGGAUAACAUUUCUCCAUACGGCGUCUUACUAUGCCGCUAUAUUUUGUAUAAACUAACAAAACGGCGUUGACGAGUCAAGAGAUGAGUAUAAACUAGUUAAUGGAUUAAGGUAUAAAUAAUGAUUAUAAUUCAAUGAAAAUGAGGAGA